AUGGCCGGACUCAAGCAAAUCGCCCUCGCGGCUUCGCUGCUGGCCUCGUUGGUCGCCGCUGUUCCCCUGGUCGACAAACGCGCCAUCUACACCAACACUGUGACCGACAUCGUGUGGAUCACGGUUGAAGAAACCACCACUGUCUGGGUUGAUCCAUCCAAUCCCACUCCGGCUCCUGCUCCUGUUGCCAGCACUACCACCACCGUCCCGGCAGCAGUUUUCGCGGCGGCUACUUAUUCUCCAUCCACCCUCUCGACUGCUGCUGUUGUUCCCGUGGAAGCUCCGUCGUCGUCCUCCUCCUCCUCCUCAUCGUGGUCCUCUGCUGCCGCUCCUGCUGCUUCGCCGGCUGUUUCUCCUAUUGUAGCUCCGGCACCAGCGCCCGCUCCACCAUCUUCGUCUCCUGCCGCGGCUCCUUCCUCUUCAGCUGCCCCAUCCAUGGUUAAUGUCCAACCCAAGGACACGGUCGGGACUGAUGGCACCUGCGAGGGUUCGGGAGACGCGUGCCAGGGCGAUGUGACUCACUGGGAUGGUGGUCUUGGCGCAUGCGGCUGGAACGUCGAUACCAACAGCGAUAUGGAAAUCGCUCUUCCCUACGCCUUCAUGGGAACUCAGUCCAACGGCAACCCAUACUGCGGUCGCUCGGUCACCCUGUACAACCCCACCUCGGGCACCACGGUCCAGGCCACCGUGGGUGACAAGUGCAUGGGCUGCGUCGACCGAGCCAUCGACUGCACCGAUGCACUGUUCAAUGCCAUUACCGACGGCACUGGUGAUGGCCGUGUGAGCGGUAUCCAAUGGUGGUUGAACUAA